GUCCCGCCUGCCUGUGAACUCGCUGGGGAAGGGCAGCGCUCCCGCUCACCUUGAAACAGCAGCAUGGCUGAUAAGUUUCUGGAGAGCAAAAUCCAGGACGGCAAGGUAACCCUGUUCGUAAGGGCAGGCUGCCCUUACAGCAGGAAUGCCAUGGAGAUGCUCAAGCAAUACAACCUUGCGCCCGGGUGCCUGCAAGUGUUUGACAUUAACGAAUCCAGGGACGCUCAGGAUUACUUCCAAGCAACAGGGCAGAGCCCGGUGCCUCGCGUGUUCAUCGGGAGACACUGCAUCGGAGGAUUGUCCGACCUGGAGAACGCGCGCUGCAGGCUCCCUGCAAUGCUGCAGCGCAUUGGUGCCCUGCGGUAGCCGAAGGGAGAAAGAUGACCAGCAGCUGCGACCUCCUCAUGUCGACGUACGCGCUUCCAGGAGCAAAUUGCGGGCGACUUCCUUCGGCGGGGUCAGAUGCACCCGUUUGGCAAAUGCAGCUUCUUUCCCUUCCGUCGGUCGGUGCUUCGACACGUGAACGUCUCUGCAUCCUUUCUGGAGCUCUGGAGAGAGGUCCAGAGCGUGAUCUGAUUCGGCUCAAUAAAAUACGCUUGCUCCAA